AUGUCGGUGGUGGCCGCGCGGCGUUCUAUUGAAUAUUACAUGAGCGGAACGCGCAAUGUGGCAGACGCGUUGAAACCUCUCGGAGGCGGAUCUCGCCGAGACGCCAUGGAAAGUUACAAAACGAGCGACACGCCAACAUGUUUCGAAUUCGUUCGGUCGCGGCACGGGACUUGGCGGUUCGCUCGUAAUGGCCGUGACCUCUUCUCCGGGAGAUAUCGGAGUGACCGCUCCGCCCCCGCCCCCCUCCUCGCCCCUCCAUCGCUUUCUUCUGACCCGCUUUUCAUAAACAAUACUUCGGCAGCCGCACCGCCCAAGAGAGCGUCCGUCCGUGGCAGCGGCGGCUCUAUCCGCGCAUCUGUCUCCCCGCCGCGACACACUCGGUUCGCGGCGCGUGCGCCCGUAGAGAGUGACGCCUCAUCGGAGGGCGCGCACGAAUUCCCGCGAAAAGGCCGGCUGCAACGGGAUCCGCUGAAGCGAGAGCGAGACGUGCGACUGUUGUGUCGAGUUUUUACAACGGGCGAUACGUUGACGACGCGCCGCGGUGCCGUUUUCAGCGCGUCACGUCUCAAGGACGUUGAACCCCGCGCCUUCAGCGGCCGCGGCCCGCCCGAGGAAUGUCAGCGCGGUUCAUUACCGCCGACGAGAAGACGACCCGCCGGGACACAGUAUAGC